UGAAGACUCCUCGGAGGUCAAAACGUUGCACUUCCUGCUCGGCGGUAAAGCGUGUUCUGGUUUGCGAGGGACAAACGUUAUUGUGACGAAAAGAUCUCAAAUUUAUUCAUUCCUAGACAUUAAGUAGUAGAACAGAAAUGAGUUUACCUCUGAACCCAAAGCCAUUCCUGAACGGCCUCACAGGAAAGCCAGUGAUGGUGAAACUGAAGUGGGGUAUGGAGUAUAAGGGCUACCUGGUGUCUGUGGAUGGGUACAUGAAUAUGCAGCUGGCAAACACAGAAGAGUAUGUGGAUGGUGCAUUGGCAGGUCAUCUUGGUGAAGUGCUUAUCAGGUGCAAUAAUGUUUUGUACAUCAGAGGUGUAGAAGAAGAAGAGGAGGACGGAGAAAUGAGGGAGUGAUGUUGGUGAAGAAGAUUCCGCCUGUUCUGUCUGAGUGUGAUUUGUACCUCGUAGUUGAGUCGAUGUGUUUGUGUUUUCACCAUGUGAAACAAAUGAACGAUUGGGUUUGUGGUUAUUUUUCAAGCAGUUUUUCUUUUUUUUUUCCAAUUUUUUUCAAUUUUUUUUUUUUUACUGUAUGUGAGGCCAAUUUUAUUUUGUGACGUUGUGAUACAGACACAAUAAAUGAAUAUACCCUUUCUUAAAA